AUGAAGUGGAGUUCCAUUCUUUCUGUCACAGUUCAUACAAAAACCGAAGCCGCUUUGCGCAAAAUGGAGGACGGCACGUAUGUCGGCGAUAUUGUCAGAGAAAGUCAUGACCCCAAACUGUCGUCUUUCCGUAGCCCAAGCGAAAUUUCCAAGGCUCUGCUAACGGCGCCAACGUCUUCAUCCCGGUCCCAGGAGCCGUCCUCAGGUGAAACUGGAAACCCCACCCGUCGGGCUGCCUCUCAGCGCACUGAAUUUGUUGACGGUGUUUCUUCUUUCUUUCUUUCUUUCUUUCUUUCUUUCUUUCUUUCUUUCUUUCUUUCUUUUGUAAUCACCGGCUUCCCUUUCUCUUCCCAUUUCUUUUGCAUCAUUUCUUCGUCUUUAUUUUCUUUUUCGUCUUUAUUUUUUGUUUUCCUUCCAUUUUUCUUUUUCAUUUCAUUCUCUCGUCUUCUUUCUUUCUUUCUUUCUUUUUCUUUUUGA